AUGAGCUUUCCAUGUGCCUCUGCUACUUCAUUAGAUCUCAGUGAGCCGCUCUGUGUCCUGGAUGACCAUGCACUCCCACUCUUCUGCUGUGCCUGGCGUGAGCAGCUGUAUAAAAUGCUGGUGAAGCAGAGAUGUUUGGUUGAGGGGAGAUGUGAACUGGGGACUAGCAUUAUGAGAACAGGGGAAGAAAAGCCAAACACCGAGUUAGAGGAGCUGCUCUUCCAAGGCAGGGAGAUGGAGGAUCACAACACGUUUAUUGUGGACUUACCAAGUGGACUUGGAGAACAAUCAGAACUGAGGAUUGAGGAAGAUUCCUCAGUUCAGCUUCCUACAGCAGACACCUUUGCCCUGACGUCAAAUGUCCUCAGCUUUCGGCUCUCUUGUGCUCCAGGAGACAGAUGCUUGACAGUGUAUCCUGAAAACACGACUGAAAACACUUUGAAAAUAAAAGAGGAAGAGGCGCAGGAUGAUGGAGGAUUUCUACAGAAGUAUUAUUCCAAUGGCAUGAAAUUUCUCACCCUGUUCCCUGACAGCUCUGCUCAGGUCUUUUAUCCCUCAGGCCUCUUGGCUCUUGUUAUCGUGGUCACCAAAGAGAGUGGAAGGGUCUGCAUCGUGUAUGAUGACAGCCAUGCACCCAACCGACCAAUCAGAGCCAUGUUCCAGUCUGAUGGCAGGGCGACAUGUUACUACAGCAAUGGAAACAUAUGGCUGACCUUAGACAGAUCAGGCGGUCAGUGUUUGGAUGAGACAGGUGUAAGAGUACGUCGGUGGAGCUGGAGCAAUCUGAACCUUUCUCCCACUCCUCUGCUUCCUGUCUUCCUGUCCCUCAAUAAAACUGUUGGGGUCCGAGUCCUUGGCAAGGAACAAGUAUUUGUCUCGUUCCUGGCAAGAGGUCAACAGGCAAAGUUCAGUGUGGGCACCUGCUGUUCUCAGUGUAAAUGUACAAGUGAUAGGCCUACUGUGGGAAAAUCAAUAUUGAAAGAAGAGGUCUUAGUGCUGGCAGCCAGGAUUAAAAUCCACAUGGCCAUUCAGGAUCUUCACCAGCGCCUGACAGCGCACUCACAUCCCCAGCUGCUGAAGACCACACUGGCCCCCAGCCUCCAUGUUUUUGCCCAAAAACUUCUGAAAAUCAGUGCUAAUGUGAUGAUGACUGAGAGUGACAAGGCUUUUAUCCAUAAGUGCCUUCAGGAUUAUGUCUGA